AUGGCUUCCGGCUCGAAUUGGACCGCUCGGGAAAAUAAGUUGUUCGAGGAUGCGCUGGCGAUUUACGACAGGGAUACCCCCGACAGGUGGCACAAUCUGGCGAGGGCUGUCGGGACCAAAUCGGUCGAAGAAGUCAUACGUCAUUAUCAGAAGCUCGUCGAGGAUAUCCACGGAAUCGAGUCGGGUCGGGUCCCCUUGCCCAAGGAUGGCAAUUUGGCCCGGCCCCAUACUGGCCCACCCCGCCCCGAGUCUUUUGGGGCGGACCCGACCCGCCCUGUUUUUAAAAAUGGGCCAGGUCGGGCCGACCCAUUUUAUAAACGGGGCAAGUCUGGGACGGGCGGGGCGGGGCUACCUGCCCCAGAACAGGCUAGGGCACAGGCCUGGCCGGCUAGACACGUCACGUGUCACGGGCUAAGUCGGGUCCAUGGGGCAGGGGUGCGGGCCAGGUCCGGGUCCGUAACUACCGACCCGACUUGGCCCAUUGCCAUCCCUAGUUAA